UGGGGAGCUUGGGACCCAGAGGACUGGCAGGGCUGCUGUCCCCAAGUGCUCUCAUCCACCAGAGCACUCAGGCCCCCUGCCUUGGGGAAGGGGCAUGUCCAGAGCUGGCCUCUCCUGUCCAGCCUCAGCCCCGCCCUUACCCUUCACAUGAUCCCUAGGACAUGGGGUACGGGGAUCUCAUGCUGCCAGAGGGGCAAAGCUGCCACCCCACUGCUGGGGCGGCUCCGCCCAGUCUCUUCCUGCUGCCACCGCCUUUGCUGACUCACCUGCCCAGCCUCCUACCGGGCUGGGGCGGGGGCUUGGUGCCCCAGAACCCAGAGAGGCAGCAGAGGCGUCUAUAAAAGCACGUUGGACCAGUCCCCAGCAUCCUACUUGGCUACCACCUGCUGCCGCACAAUGCUUGGAGGACUUGGGAAACUUGCCGCUGAGGGCCUGGCCCACCGCACUGAGAAAGCCACCGAGGGAGCCGUUCAUGCCGUGGAGGAAGUGGUGAAGGAGGUGGUGGACCAUGCCAAGGAGGUUGGAGAGAAAGCUAUUGCCGAUGCCUUAAAGAAGGCCCAGGAGUCAGGAGACAAAGUGGUGAAGGAGGUCACUGAGACAGUGACCAACACAGUCACAAAUGCCGUCACCCACGCAGCGGAGGGCCUAGGCAAGCUGGGGCAGUGAGCACAGCUGCCACCACCACCGACCCUUCCCAAAUCUCAAUA